AAAAUUAAAUCUUCGUAUACUUUGGUCUGUUUAGAAAUACAUUUGAUUGGAGCAAACACAGAAAAUCACGCUUCUUCUUGUUCACAGCAUUAGGGUUUUAGCAGACCAUCUCUUCUAGGGUUUCUGAAAAUGGUGGUUGACAAUUCCAAGAAAUUGAAGACAGCAGUUGAGGAAAACGCCGAUCAAAUUGACACUGAUCUUGUUUUCUCCAUCGAGAAGCUUCAGGAAGUUCAAGAUGAACUUGAAAAGGUUAAUGAACAAGCUAGUGAGGAGGUAUUAGCAAUUGAACAGAAGUAUAAUGAGAUAAGGAGGCCUGUUUACGAGAAAAGAAAUGAGGUCAUCAAAUCAAUUCCUGACUUUUGGGUGACUGCCUUCUUAAGUCACCCUGCCCUUGGUGAGCUUUUGAAUGUGGAAGAUCAGAAGAUCUUCAAGUACUUGGAUUCUCUUGAUGUGGAGGAUUUCAAAGAUGUGACAUCUGGUUAUUCCCUUACUUUUAUAUUCAAACCAAAUCCUUAUUUUGAAGACACAAAACUAGUGAAGACAUAUACAUUCCUUGAUGAAGGAACAACAAAGAUAACUGGAACGGCUAUUAAGUGGAAGGAAGGCAUGGGUGCGGCUUAUGGCGGUAAUCCUGAGAUGAAAGGAAACAAGCGGCCUCCAUCCGAGGAAAGCUUUUUUAGUUGGUUUUCUGAGACUCAGCUUAAAGAUAUUGCGGAUGGGCUUAGUGAUGAGGUUGGUGAGAUCAUUAAGGAGGACUUAUGGCCUAAUCCGCUGAAAUAUUUUAACAAUGAAGCUGAUGAAGAAGUUUCUGAUGGAGAUGGAGAUGGAGAUGGAGAUGGAGAUGGAGACGAGGACGAGGAUGAGGACGAGGACGAUGAAGAUGAAGAGGAUAACGAUGAUGAUGAGGAAGAUGAGGAUGACGGCUGAACUCACCCUUAGCUCUUUAAUUUAUCCCUUCUUCUAAGCUUCGCUCAGAUUGAUGUCAAAUAUUACCAUCACUCUUGUUGCGUAAUCAAACUCAUAGGUAGCUUUGCCAUCUGAUAAGAUGGUUCUAAAAAAAACUGUUUCAUAGCUAGCCAACUGCUGGUAGAUUUACUUGGGACGGAUAUAGUAGAUGCUUUUGAUGCACCAAAACUCUUCAAUUCCAGUCUCAUUUGAUUGGCAA